AUGCUGAGCCUAGCGUCAUGGAUACCACUAAUCGUACAUGCGUGUAUUCUUGGAAUUGUAUUUUAUGCGGUGAACAGAGUGGUGCCCGAUGCAUACAUGGAUGAAAUAUUCCAUGUUCCACAAGCACAAAGAUACUGCAAUGGGGAUUAUUACACUUGGGACCCCAAAUUGACUACUCCACCUGGAUUUGCCUCCAUCUUCACCUUCCAUAUUCUGUUCCAUUCAAUUUCUCCGAAUGACCUCUUUACUAUUUACGAUAAUGCUCUCUUACCUACUUCCACACCUUCUCCACUCUCUCCAUCCAUCCGUAUCUCCAUAUUCAUUGCGGACGAUAAUGGAAUCGAUUCUUUUUUUGUGUUGGCUGGAUAUUAUUUGGAGAGGGUUGGAAAGUAUGGUCCGAGUGCUAUGUGUUUGGCGAUAUCCAUUUUAUUCCGUCAGACCAAUGUAAUAUGGGCAUGCUUUGUAGCUGGAGAUAUAGUCUCUUCCAUUCUUUCACCCGUUAUCUUUUCCUCACCAUCCAGCGAAAGAGAUUCUCCUGCUAGUUCUCAAGAAUAUUCGUUCAUAGAACGGUGGAUAAAAGUUGCAGAAAAGAUUGUAAGCGGAAUACAGAGUAAUUUGAAGAUACUGGUUAGGAGAAUGAUCCCAUACUUUGUUGUUGUGCUCUUGGUUGGAGUAUUCUUUGUGUGGAAUGGAAGCAUUGCACUUGGCGAUAAAGCGAAUCACGUAGCAAUUUUACACAUUCCCCAGAUAUAUUAUUUCAUUGCAUUCACAGCUGUUCUCUCGCUUCCUCUCACCAUGAUCCAUCCAAGUGAUCUGUACAAUUUAAGGAAAUGUUUGAUUACACCGAUUGCAUACGUAACAAUGUUACUUAUGACCAUAUCCGUACAUAAAUAUACAUAUGAACACCCAUUUCUGUCGAGUGACAAUAGACAUUAUUCGUUUUAUGUAUGGAAAAAGGUAUACAAAAGACAUCCGUCGGUUAAAUACUUGCUGAUUCCGGCAUACUUUACAGCAUUACAAAUAAUUCUCAGACCACUGACUGCGUGUAGGUCGUCGCUAUGGGUGCUAACCUUUGCUGCCGCCGUCUGCCUGACUCUAGUACCAUCCCCAUUAUUUGAAUUCAGAUAUUUUAUUAUUCCGUAUAUUAUUUAUCGUUUAAACAUCAGGCCACCAUCGACAACACGACUAUUGCUCGAAUUUAUGACAUACUCGUUUGUAAACGCAGUCACAUUGUAUUUGUUCAUUUACAAACCAUUUAAAUGGGAAUCAGAGCCUAACCAGCUUCAAAGAUUCUUGUGGUAG